AUGGAAGGCAAUUUAGGCGUCUUGUACAUCUGUGGUGAACAUACAGGAGGUAGAUUUACAAUUGUAGACAAUUUAUUAGGACGCAAAGUGCGACGAAUCUGUGGUGCAUACGAUCGGAUCGUUGUGUUGGUUGAUGCUUGGGAACCUGUCUGGCUUUUUCAAGAUAAAGACACGAAAGCAGCUGUUUACAGAAACAGUGAGCUUGACAUUCAGACAUUACAGGAUGUCAAAUUUCAACAAAUAGCCGUUGGGAAGAAUCACAACGUUGCACUGUCGUUGGAUGGUCAGCUUUUCUCAUGGGGUCAAUGUGGUACGACAUUGAAAUGGAGUGAACUUGGUCACCAUCAUGGUUUUGUUAAGACGCUUGGCCCUGAAAUUGAUGACAAAACUGCUGCGACUGCUCCACAUUGUGUAAUCACUGCACCUAAACUAGUAUUUCGUCAGGUUGUUUGUGGUGAAGAUCAUUCGGCUGCUGUCACAGAUACUGGCGAUUUGUACACUUGGGGUCGAAAUUUUGAAGGACAGCUUGGUCAUGUGUUCAAAAGUCUUUCAAAAGAAACGAAUGGAAUGAUUAAUAGCAUUUGUGCGUGGCCAAAAUAUGUUAAAUUUUUCUAUAACAAGCCUCGCGUUGUUACUGUAUGUUGUGGCAAUACGUUCACUGCAGUUCUACUUGCUGACGGUAGGAUUUAUCUUCUAGGUGGUAAAUCACUUCGAUUGAAUUCAAUUGAUAUGGUUCAAAGUACAGAUCCGUACAUUUUGUUACGAGCAAGCGGAUCAAAUAAUGAACAUUUUGUUGAUUUAGCAAGCGGUACGGAUCAUAUUAUAGCCGUCACAAAUGCUGGAGAAAUGUUUUCUUGGGGAUUUAACUUUUUUGGUCAACUUGGUCAAGGUGACUGUUUUAGAAACGAGAAAUUCAAAGACAAAAGUGAUAACAUUGUCGCCAGUAACAAGUCGAUCAAAUGGGCAAAAGUAUUUGCUGGUGGGAGCUACUCGGCAGCUCUCACAACGAAGAAUCAACUAUACACGUGGGGCAAUGGUCGGUAUGGAAAGUUAGGCCAUGGAGUAAAUAGUGAAAGUCCUAGCAGAUACAACUGCGAAUUUGCUCCUCGCUGUGUCGAACAUUUGCACAAUGCAGUAGUUACUUCCGUGCUGUGUGAAGAUCGCAACUUGUGCGUUUUUGCUCCGACUACUAUCUCUAACAUCUCGCCAACCUGCGGUGAUUACGCAGGGGGGUAUGAACUGAAGGUACGUGGAAGCGGUUUCUGGUCAAGUGAGAAUGUCACAGUGCGAUUCCUACCGCUGACGGAUGGUCAAUUACUGCGUGGUACUCUCGGGGAGUUUUGUGAGACGACUGGUGAAGUAGUUUGCCAAGUACCAACAUUUCGUCUCAUGGGGGAGUAUGUAGUCGAAGUAGCAAUGGAUGGAAAGAAUUUUACGUCGAAUGGUAGAGUUUUUACUGUAUUCAAGCGACCCCAAAUUGUUGCUGUGUCAGCGUUUGACGCUCAAGCGAUAGGUGGAGAAGAACUUACAUUGUCACUUUGUGGUCAUCUCCCAUUGAUCUGUCAGCGUCCGAUUGUUCGAUUUAUGCGUUGUUGUGUCGAUAAAUACAGUGAUCAGCUUGUCACUUCAGAGUCUGAAGUUUCAAUUGGGGUUUUCGACAACUGUUUGGACACUGGAGAAGAUGAUCUUUCUGAUGUGACCGACAGACAAUUACGGCUCACGUUACCUCCUCUUCCCUUUAAUGAUGAAAGAGUUGUGCCUUACACGCUCGAGAUCUCGUACGAUGAAGGAGUGAUAUUUACACCAGUGUGUAUAGAUCCGACACUUCCAACAAAGCGUCAUAUAAUAUACGUACAUACAGCUCAACUUGUUCGUGUGAUUCCCAACUCAUUUCUCAUUGAUGAUUUGCCCCACACAAUCACCUUGGAAUUGUCAACUGUCUUUCCGCCCGAAGCCAUACAGCUUUUGGUGACGAUCGAGUAUCAUGUACCAAAUAUAAAAGACGAGAACAACAAUACUGAUUCUCUCAAUCAGAUACCACAAGUAUCAGCUACUCUUUCUAUAGACAAAGUAUCUGGGAACUUUGUGACUUGCACGAUACCACCUCUUCCUGAGUGGAAUAUCACACCAGCUGUUGCGAAAGCGCAGCAUUUAUCAGCUGAUUGGUGGAAGAAAUAUGCAGAGACGGGGUUUGUCUUUCAUGUACAAGUUUCUAUGAAUGCAGGACGAACGUUCUUACUUCCUCACAAACAGAUGGGAAAGAAGGUGUUUGGUAUGCCAGCUCCUGGUCGUUUACUUAGUAUCUUUCCAAAUGUUGGAAUAAUACGAGGUGGGACACAAGUCUCUAUAAACGGGAACUUUUUCCAUUUUGAUACUCAAGAUGCGACUGUUAAGCUUAAGUGGAAGGAUCAUUGCGUGGUGCUACCAGCCAACUGCUUGCAGUCAGAAGAACUAACUUCUCGACGGGUACUCUUCCGAACGCCACCUUUUCCGUUUUAUAAUGAUAAGGAUUCUACUGCUGAUGCUACUGAAGAUAUGACGUUUGAAUUGAAAGAAGAAGUAGAGGUGUUUGUAGCUUUGGACGGCGAGCAUUACACGGACGCAAGUUUACCAUUUACGUACUGCGCAAUUCCAGAGAUAUGUGGAAUUACACCUCAAGAGGCAGAACCUGGUAUGCAAGUAGUACUUCAGGUAAAAAAUUUGAUUGCGACAUCGUCGGCAUGCGUGAAACUGGACUCGGCUUCGUCAAAGACCUCAAGGGUUGUACCCGUGAAAAUUGACGGAGCAGCUCAGGCGGCAGAGUUUGUGCUUCCAGAGUUGUCACUUGAAUGUGGAGAACUCGUGCGUGUUCUAUUAUCGCUUGAUGGCCAAGAGUUUUACGAUGGAAACACAAACACAGCACCGACUCCAAUUGCAGGAGGAAUCACUUUUCGCUACAAAGUCCAAGUAAACGAGCUAUCUACGAUCUAG